UUGUCCCUAUCAUUACAGCAACAAUGUCUGGCGCAACUGACUUCCACGAGGACGAGCUCCGCCCUGAGACCACUGCUGGUUUCAAGGUUGGAGAGAAGAAAACUUUGGAGGAAUACCAACAGCUCGUCAGGAUCUGUGCAUGUGCUAGCUCCAGAGAGUCGUUGCAUAGCAUGAGCAUUCAAUUCGUCAAUCUGGAAACGCCCAGCAAGGGGCUCUCCCCAAGGGAAACACAACCCGAGCUUUCCGGGCAAGACGAUCAGGUACAGAGAAGGCCGUCCGAACCCCGUAAAGCAUUUUCCAUCGAUCGUUCCAGCAACCGCAGACAACCAUGGAUCGAUGCGAGGAAGCUAUCAGACGAACAGUUGCAACAACAUAUCGAUGCCGAAAACCAACGCAAAGCUCGGAGAUCCUCCGUUCGGGCAGCCUUAGAAAACACUGUUGAUCUCUUCUCUAAGCCACCCUCUAAAAGUUCUUCUCGGGCAACGUCACGAGAUGAGGGUGAAGCAUCCUCUGUUUUUGUUCGAGCCAUGCCAGGAGAUGAGGAGUUCAAGCCCUCAAGACGUACUGUGCUGAACGAUCGACGAAGGUCUCUUGUUCAUGGAUUGCAGACUCUCCACAAACACGACAGUGUGUGGGGCUCUUACGACAGAGGCGUCCUGAGCAAGUACUCUGGAGGCCGCGAUCGGGAUUCAAAGAUUCCUCGCAAACAGUCGUACGUUAGGACUUCAACCCCAAAUGCCCUGCUUCCAUCCACCGACGAUGAGCGAAAGUGGGCUCGACAAGUUUUGCGAUAUUAUUCGUCUACAUUGGAUGCUUCUCAAUGCGAUGUUUUCACUUGGCACGCACUCGAGCGAAAGGACGACCCGGUGCAUCUUGUCAUCUGUCAUGGCGAGAUGGUCUUCAUGGAUCAAUAUGGUCAGGAACUAUCUGGAGAGCCUACUAUCAUACAUCAGUUGGAAGCCAUUCAUCGCCGGGGAAUGCUACAGCCAGAUUACGAAGACUACGAAGUGCCGCUCACUCGCAUACCAACACGCCAGGUUGAGGAACAGACUGCCGAUCACUUCAGAGCAUUACUUGAACGUAAUGGCUCUGAGGAUCUGUCGCCUCCCUCGACGGUACAAGUUGGUUGGUGGCUUCACAAUUCACCAGUUUACCGCGUGAGGUAUCGUGAAGCCGAACUCUGGAUGACAAUCGAUGGCCGCAAUAUGCCCAACCGACCUGCAAUUUCGGAGCAGAUCAAGCAAAUCAAAGCGAUGACAGAUGACACCAUGCAAGGUGACAGAUCAUCUGGAUCUCAUGGUUCUUCUGAAGACGUAUCUCCCAGCCACAUUGAACCAAACAACAAUCAGGAAACUCGAGCUAGCCAGCAGACCACUGAGGAGCAAAACAGGACCUUCACAAAAAACCAGAAGCCGUGGAAAACCUGGAUAUCGCCGCUUGUUUCGCUGGAUGGGUAUCAGAACGAUGAGAGCUUGAGAAAGUGGAAGGAGAGCCUGGGCAUCGGUUCAGGAACCACCAUUGGCGAUGCCAGCGAUCCGCGCAAGGUCAUCAUUGUCUCUCUUGGACUCGAGGGCCGUCCCGACAUCAUCAUCGACCUGUCAAGCCCCGGUGCUCUCGAGUCACUUAAGUCCAAGCCCUUCACCAUCAAGGAAGGUGCCACCUUCCGCAUGAAGGCCCGCUUCAGAGUUCAGCACCAGAUUCUGUCGGGCAUGAAGUACGUCCAGGUCGUCAAGCGCAUGGGUAUCUCGAACAAGAUGCAGGAGAUGAUUGGUUCUUACUCUCCCAACACCACUGACAAGCCCGAGUACGAGAAGAAGUGCGUUUAUGCAAUUGCAGAGACCGCACCUUCGGGUAUGAUGGCUCGUGGCCACUACAACGCCGUCUCCAAGUUCAUCGAUGACGACGAGCAGACCCACUUGAAGUUCGAGUGGUCCUUCGACAUCAAGAAGGACUGG